GGGAGGAGGUGAGGGGUUGAGGUUCGGGCCCCCUCCCUCCGGCUCGACCCUUUAAAAGAGCCGUCCCUGGCCCUGCUCUUCAGUCUCGUCCCAGACCCAGACAUCAACAGAUCCAUGAUGAGGUUUGUAGUCCUUGCCCUCGCUGUUUUACUGGCAGGAUGCCAGGCCCGAUUCCUGCAGGACCAAGCACCAUCGCAGCUGGAGCACGUGAAGUCUGCGCUCCAGGUCUACGCUGAUCAGAUGAAGCAGUCGGCACACAAGGCCCUCACUCACCUCGACGGCACAGAGUUCGCAGACUACAAGCAGUUCCUGGGCCAGUCUGUGGACAACCUCCAUGGCUACUUGCAGGGCGGCUUCCAAGCCAUUGGCCCUGUUGGUGGCCAGGUGCUGGAGGCCACUAAAGACACACGCGAGAAGCUGGCCAAGGACGUGGAGGAGCUCCGCAAGAAGAUCGAGCCCAUGCGUGAGGAGCUGAGGCAGGUGCUGCAGAAGCACUUCGAGGAGUACAGAGGCGAGCUGAAGCCUUUCAUCGAGGAGUACCUGACCAAACAGCAAAAGUUCAUGGAGGAAAUGAAGACCAAGCUGGAGCCUCUGGUCAAGAGCUUGAAGGGGAAGAUCGAAGUCAACUGGGAGGAGACCAAGUCCAAGCUGAUGCCCAUCUUGGAGGCUGUGCGUGAGAAGGUGGCAGAGCACAUCCAGGCCUUGAAGACACUGCUGGAGCCCUACAUCCAGGAGUACAGGGACCAGGUGGAGAAGGGAGCCCAGGAGUUCCGCCAGAGCGUCAAAUCUGGAGAACUGAGGAAGAAGAUGGAAGAGUUGGGCACGGAGGUGAAGCCUCACUUCGAGGCUAUUUUCGCAGCCGUCCAAAAAGCUAUGAGCAAGGCAUAAACCAACCCUUUUUUACACCUUCUCUUUACCUCACCACCAGUGCAGAGUGUCAACAUCUCGAGCCAUCAUCGUCUGGAAGGCUUUUCUCCAAGCAUAACUGACCUUCGCUGAAGCACAUACUCAACAUGCUCACAACACACUCACAUGCACUUUUGACAAAUUAGACAGGACUCACAUUGGCUCUAAUGGGCAAACACAGCUAAGAAUUUAAGAACUCUGAAACCUGUUCUUUCAAAAAUGCCUAGCAAAAAUCCUUUGCUAAGCAGCUUUUUGUUAAAAACUGAUUUUCAAUGUUCAAUGAAAUAAAAUAAUAAUAAU